GUCGCGACACUUCGCCUCGAUUUUGUUGCCAGCAGCGCCCCAAGAGGCUGGUAGGUUACACUGUGAAUUCGGCGCGAUCGUGAAAGAGAAUAGUGGUUGUUUAUUUUGAUUUAUACAAUGGCUUUUACUGGCGGGAGCGUUUGUAGCGCAAUACAUUGCACCAACAACAGGAAGAAGACACCACAGCUGUCUUUUUUUAGGUUUCCUAAGGAUCCUGAGAGGAGCAGAAAAUGGCUUGUUAAUAGCAGGCGAGAAGACCUCAUUAAGAAAGAACCAGUGUACCUGUAUAAUAAUAUUAGGUUUUGUUCGCUACAUUUCGAACAAAACCUGUUCAUGAACGCAGACAACAACAAACUCGUGUGGAAUGCAGUACCCACACUGUUUGACAUUCCAAAUAAGCCACCUCAGCUGACGAUGAAGAGGAAACUGCCACAAAGAUUCGACAGUCAAUCUAAAGCAGUAAAACAGUCCUAUGACACAGAAGCAGCCGGUUCAACUCUGCAUGUAUCAGUGCCAGAUUCGUGUGAAUUGUCAACACAGACUUGCUUUGACGAUGAAGUGGUUAGAUUAAGUGCAGCUGUUCGUGUCUUACAAAAGCGUGUGAAGUGUCAGAAUGUGCAAAUCGCUAGACUUCGACCGAAACUAUUACGGGACAAGGAAAGUGCCUACAGACAGCGACAGAAACUGUAUCAGAAGGAGCAAGUGAACAAGGACAAACGAAUGUUAAAGACCAUAGGAUCCCCAUAUUUAAAAAAAGUGCCCUUGACUUGUUGUUAAGCCAGAUUAGCAUGCCAUUGAAAGAGAAACGUGCUGCAAGAUGGAAAGACGAAAAUAAGCUGUUUGCUCUAAAUUUAUUAUAUUACAGCACUCAGGCAUACAGGUUUUUGUCAGAAUGUUUUAUGCUUCCAUCAGUGCGUAGGGCUACAUUACAAAGGUAUGUGGAAGGCAUACAAAUAAAAUGUGGGAUAAGUGACAAUAUAUUCCAUCUUUUAAAGCAAAAGGUGCAACAUUUUUCUUAUAAUGAUAAACUUGUGAACAUGUCAUUGGAUGAAAUGUCUCUAAUGGCAAAUUUGACAUAUGAGGCACAGCUAAAAUUGCGAACAGUGUGUUGGUGAUAAUGAUUAGUGGCAUUUUUUCUUGUUUCAAACAACCAUUGCUGUACUGUUUUUGUAAAGGAACAGUGGGAGCUAUGCAUUCGACUGCUAUAUUUUAUGAAGUAGUCAAGAGACUUAAGGAAAUUGGCUUGGUUGUAAAGACCUGUGUGACUGAUCAGGGUUCAAAUUUUGUGGACUGGAGAAAGAGACGGAAUUACACAAGUCAAUCCAAGUUUGGUAUAUGAGGAGCAGAAGAUCUAUUUCUUCUAUGAUACCCCACAUUUGUUUAAGAACAUCAGAAACAACCUAUUUAGGUAUGACAUAAUUCAUACAUCAAAUGAUGGUUUGGUUGGUACUGCUUCUUGGAAGGACAUUUCUCAGCUCUAUUCAAAUGACUUGCACAGGAAAUACAAGUUAGCUCCGAAGCUGACUAAAAAAGCUGUCGAACUGCCAGCUUUUUCAAAAAUGAAAGUGGGUAUUGCAGUUUGUGUGUUAAGCCACACAGUGGCAGCUGGUAUUGACACACUUGUAUUUUGUGGUAGUAUGCCAUUAUCUGCAACUGGCACUUCAGACUUUUGUCAGAAAGUUAAUGACAUUUUUGAUUUCUUUAAUACAUACAGUGUGAAAGGGCCUGUGCAUCUAAGGAACUGUAUUAGGAGUGAUUCAGAGCAUCUGGAUGUUCUACAUGUGAUGAAGCCAUGGAUUCACUCUUGGAAAUUUGUAGGCUCUGAUGGAAAAGAUUACUUCCUGAGGAUAAAAUGUGUAAAGGGGCUUCUAAGCAAUAUAUGUGCUUUGGAAAUGCUUGCUGCCGAGGUACUGACUGGAACAAAAUUGUACUUAUUCUCACGUAAAAUUAACCAAGACACAUUGGAAAACUUUUUUUCAACUAUGAGGCAGAGAGGUGGUUUUUGCAGCAACCCAUCUCCAAGGCAGUUUUGUGCUGCAUUUAACAACUGUACACUAAGCAAACUGAUAAAUUCUUCUAAUGUGGGAAGCAGUAAUUGUGAAGGAAUUGACUGGGAUCAGGCAAUACUGGACAUGAAAUCUGCUCAAACAUUAAAGGUCUCACAGUUGUUAUGCAGUAGUGAUACAAGUUCUGCAACAAAGCUACCAAAUGUGGAAGUUCCAGCAGACCUUGGAGAACAAUACAGUAUGAGAUAUGUGUUUGGUUACAUAUUGAAGAAACUUUUUUCUUUACAUAAUUGUGUCAAGUGCAGGAAUCUACUUGUAGACAACAGCCAGGACUUAGAUGCAAAUGACAAAUUUUAUUGCCAUUUCAAAAGUUACGAAGACAAUUUUG